UAAUGUCAGAAGCCGGAUUUGAGCUAAAUUCAUGUAAACAUUAGUGUUUUAGGAGUUAAAAGACUGUUUUAUAACUCUUUUCAUAUUAUUUUUAAUAAAUCUGCUUUAUAAUUGCUAGUUUUUUUAACAAAAAUGGCCCACUCAGGGGUAGUCCCUGCUGGGAAAAGAAAAGAGAUCUAUAAAUACGUCGCCCCAUGGCCAUUAUAUAGCAUGAAUUGGUCUGUACGACCAGAUAAAAGGUUUCGGCUGGCCUUGGGUAGUUUUGUAGAAGAAUACAAUAACAAAGUGCAAAUAGUUUCAUUAGACGAAGACAGUAGCGAAUUUACAGCAAAGAGCACGUUUGAUCAUCCUUACCCCACAACAAAAAUCAUGUGGAUACCUGAUAGUAAAGGAAUCUUUCCUGAUCUACUUGCUACAAGCGGUGAUUACCUUAGAGUAUGGAGAGCGGGUGAACCUGAUACAAGACUGGAAUGUGUGUUAAACAAUAAUAAAAACUCAGAUUUUUGUGCACCUUUAACAAGUUUCGAUUGGAAUGAAGUUGAUCCAAAUUUAGUAGGCACUUCGUCGAUAGACACAACUUGCACAAUUUGGGGAUUAGAAACGGGGCAGGUUAUAAAUCGUGUAAGUUUAGUAUCUGGACAUGUUAAAACACAACUCAUUGCACAUGAUAAAGAAGUGUAUGAUAUAGCUUUUUCAAGAGCUGGUGGAGGAAGAGACAUGUUCGCAUCUGUAGGGGCUGACGGAUCAGUGAGAAUGUUUGAUCUUCGCCAUUUAGAACAUUCUACGAUUAUAUACGAAGAUCCCGCACAUACGCCUUUGUUGAGGUUAGCGUGGAACAAGCAAGAUCCAAAUUACUUAGCAACUAUUGCUAUGGAUGCUUGUGAGGUCAUUAUUUUGGACGUUAGGGUGCCUUGUACGCCUGUGGCAAGACUGAAUAAUCACAGAGCUUGUGUUAAUGGCAUCGCCUGGGCCCCACACUCGAGUUGUCAUAUUUGUACGGCCGGGGAUGAUCACCAAGCACUGAUAUGGGACAUCCAGCAAAUGCCAAGGGCCAUUGAAGAUCCAAUAUUAGCAUACACCGCUGCAGAGGGCGAAGUCAAUCAGAUACAAUGGGGUGCCACACAACCAGACUGGAUCGCUAUAUGUUAUAAUAAAUCACUAGAGAUUCUCAGGGUUUAAAACAAUUAAAAUGAAAAUGUCCAUAGUUAUUUUAUUUAUUGGCAGAAGGGAUUUACAAAUAACGAAAAAGUUUGUUAUUUGUUCCACAAUCGUGGAAAAAUUAUUUGAUUUUUGAGAAUUUUUAUGGUUAUACUUUGCAAAUCUCUUCCCUUUGAAUGGUUUUUAUAAAACUUUUCUUAGCAUAUGUUUUAGUAUGGAUUUCAUGACAUUUCAUUUUUCAUUUCAGACGAUGUCAUACGAUUUAUUUUGGACUUUUUACCAUAUCUUUAAGGAGAAAGUGCUUAGAUUUAAACAGUAUUUAAACAGUCACUAAUACUUGUCUUACUUUAUGCAUCAUCAUAUUUAUUGUUACUGACCCCGCAUAUACAACCGUUUAGGUAUCUCGAUAAUUGAAUAUUUAUCAUAUUGUUUAUAUAUUUAUGACAUUAUUUUUUAUUUUAAUUUUUAGAAUAUAGCAGUAAUUUA